AUGACUUUUGCGCGAGUUGAUUUCGCCGCCUCUCUAUUAACUAAUGGAAAAAUAUUAAUGAUCGGUGGGUAUAAGAAGAGUGCUGAAGUAUACGAUCCAUUUACAGGAAUAUGGGCAUCUACUGGUAGUAUGAGCGUAGUACGGUACAUGUUUGCAUCAACCCUGUUAGAUAAUAGGAAAGUAUUUGUCUCUGGUGGUUAUGAUAGCACGGCUGAAUUAUAUGAUCCAUCUACAGAAGCGUGGACAAGUACGGGUAACAUGACUAUGGCGCGAUGUAGGCAUACAUCAACUUCGCUGAACAAUGGCAAAGUUUUGGUGACUGGUGGUACUGUAGAUGCUAUUAGAUGUAAUGGUAAUUGGUCGACUAGUGCAGAAUUAUACGAUCUACUAACAGGAACAUGGACCAGUACAAAUAGUACGAAUCAUCUACGGCAUAGCCAUAUAGCAAUCGCAUUUAGAACCGGUCAAAUAUUGGUCACUGGUGGAUCGUUUCCAACUAACGCUGAGUUAUAUAAUCUGUUGACACAGGUCUGGACAAUGACUGGUGCUAUUAGUUAUCAAAUAAGUUACCACGUUGCAUGUUUGUGA